AUGGCCGGCAUGGUAUCCAUAGACCGCCCAUUUGGAAUUUAUCUUGAUGACUAUUUUGUAAAAGCAUAUAGUUUCCUUACAGGAAAAAAUCCAAAUGAUUUUGCCUUUGUUAUAGGUGUUACGCCACUUUCAACAUUAAGCGAAGUUGUUAUUAGUUGUAUUACUUAUUUUUCCCUGAUAUUUGGUGGUCGACUACUUUUAUCAAAUAGUCCUGUUAUAAGACUCAAUAUAAUUUUUCAAAUUCAUAACUUUUUGUUGACUGUAUCAUCAGCAAUUUUAUUAAUAUUAUUCAUCGAACAACUAUUUCCAAUUUAUUGGCGUAAUGGUAUUUUUUAUUCUGUAUGCAGCAAAGAUGCUUGGACUCAACGAUUAGAAUUGUUAUAUUAUUUAAAUUAUCUUGUUAAAUAUUGGGAACUUGCUGAUACUAUUUUCUUGGUAUUAAGGAAAAAAGAUCUUGGUUUCAUGACAAUGGCUUUAUGUUUUUCUCAAUUACAAGGUCGAACCACUGUGUCAUGGGUUCCAAUUACUUUAAAUUUGACGGUACAUGUGUUAAUGUAUUAUUAUUACUUUCGUGUUGCUGGAGGUGCAAAAGUUUGGUGGAAGCAAUAUCUUACAACAUUUCAAAUUAUUCAAUUCAUAAUCGACCUCUUUUUCGUAUAUUUCUGUUCUUAUACUUACUUUACUUCUACAUAUUGGCCUUGGAUACCAAACUUUGGUUCUUGUGCUGGUGACGAAAAAGCUGCUAUUUUUGGUUGUUCACUUUUAAGUAGUUAUUUAUUAUUAUUUAUUGGAUUUUAUAAGAAAACUUAUAAACCUAAAACUGUUAGUACUACUUCGAAAGAUAAAG